AUUUCUUUUAAUUUCCUCAUGUCACUCAGCUAACAUAUUACUCCUAUUAAUCAUGCCUAACUACCCUACGAUGAGUAAUACAGCUAGAGAAGACAGACAUGAAUUUAUAGGUACGAAUUCAUGAUAUAUUAAAUCUCAUUUGGAUUCAAUCAAGCCUAGGUUAGGAUACAAUGUUGGUGAAGAAGCCGGGAAUGGCGGAUGAGGGGUGAACCAUGAAUGUUCUCUCCUUACAUUUUCGUGCUAGCUAGACUUGGAAUAGGCCGGGUUUCUUUAUGGUAAUAAUGUAGACAAGACAACAUAUAUAUCAUGGUGGCCUAACAUGUGGAUCAUUUAUUUUGGCUGCCUUUGCCUAUUGAGUUAGAUCCCAUUAUUAUACUCGAACAAUUAUAAUAUGGGAAAAUUGUGUUUUCAAUUCAUGUGUUGUUUAAUAAUCGUCUUUUUCAUCUACAGUAUCAUUUACCCAUAUAUAGUUAUAAGUUCAUACGAAUAUAUAGUUCCUUUGUAACACAAUGACUAAUUAGAACUCCGAUAACCAUUUUGAGAGAUGUAAAUUCAUUAAAUUCCCAAUGUUUACAAGAAACAUUGGUUAAAACAAACUGGUCUCGCAGAAUAUCAAGCCAUGGCAGUUGCCGUUAGUGAAAUUAUUCGGCUGCGUUGGUUGCUGCGUGAUCUUGGAGUCUUCUUUGUCACACUCAUGUCAUUGUUCUGUGACAAUCAGGCAGCCCGUCACAUUGCUACUAAUCCAGUAUAUCAAGAACGCACCAAGCAUGUUGAAAUGGACUGCUAUUUUGUUCGAGAGCGCAUUAUGAGUCACGAGAUUCAGCCACAACCAAUCUCCACUCAACAUCAAGUUGUUGAUAUCUUCACUAAGGCUCUUGACAGUGAGCAAUUUCAGUACCUUUGUUCCAUGCAAGCUGGGUGUACGAGACCUACACACUCGAGCUUGAGGUGGAGUAACGCGUGAUAUGCUUGAUAUGCGUGAUAUCACGUUUGACUUAGCAUGGCUGUGAGAAUAAUAGAAUGACUUACCAAUGUGGUAGCCCUGGAUGUCAUAUAUAUAUAUAUAUAUAUAUAUAUAUAUAUAUAUAUAUAUAUAUAUAUAUAUAUGUUGGGUUAAUGGCCCAAGUCGAGGUCCGGCCCAUUCACCCCUUCUACUAGACGUACGGCCACUUAGAACACCAAGUGGACGGCAGGCUAAUGUUCCUCCAAAACAGAUGAACGUCUGCAAUGGGGCUUAGGCUCAACGGCCCAUCUCGACGAACGUCUAUGCAGGAACAAGGAGCAGGACCACGGGCCACCAGGGAUGACGACGAACGUCUCCAGAGCAAGCCUAUAGUCAUCGGAGGAAACCCAGUCCACAUGGUGGGAAUCCAUAAGGCCAGGAGACGAACAGCUGGUACCUCUUGAGGAUCACUUGGAGCAAUCCAGCUUGUUUCCCGGGCGGACGAACGUCCCCACUAAUUAGGCGGGAAACCUAGAUUCUGGCGGGAAGUGCAUUUAAUGCUGAAGAUUUGGUGGUUGGGGCACCCGCGGUCCACAGGCUGCCACGUCAGUAAAGCCACCUGCCCAUUGGUGGGUAUAAAUAGAAGCAUUUAUUUCAUUGUAAAGGGUUGGCAACUUUCUAUUCUUAGCACCCUAGCUAUAGCACUCUUACUCGCAGCACUUCUACUGCCUUGUAAGACGAACGGCCGACGGAGCCUUAGCGAAAAGUAUUGUAUUAGGGAGUUAUUAAGAGAUAAUAAUACCUAAUCACUUACUUGCUA